UUCACGUAAACUCUGAACUAUUCUAUUGAGAAUAAUUGACAAUACUUGAGUCAUUAGUCAAUGCAUCAGCAUCAGCCUCAAGUUAUGUGCUGUAGUAGAAAUCUAGGUAAGCAUUUAAAUUCCAAAUACAGUGAUAUAUUUAGAAACAGAACACCUUGCUAGAAUCCCCCUCCCCCAUUAUUCCUUAUUACUUACUAGUAUGCUCAAACAUGCAUUGGGUGUGAUGCAUCCGCAUACCUUAUUCUUCUAAUGCAUAUAAUAUAAUAUAAUGAAAAAUUAUGCAAAAACUUUUUACUUUUGUCUCUUUGAUUAUCUCGUUCUUUUGCAAUUUACUUCACAAUUUUCUAAUAAUAAAUUAUUUUGUUAACAGUGACAUAGGAAGCAUAUUUUUCGAAAGGCAGUGUCUACACGUCCGGCGCGCCGGACGUAUAUCUCCCGCACUAUUUGUCCGGCAACCAAGUCACAUGACUGCCAUAACAAAGUGGCGAGAGAUAUCUUGUUGGUCAGCCUUGUCACGUGACUGCGAAUGAUUCAAAACUAUUGUUAUUAAAUUGUUAAUUUUAAAAUCUAUUUCUCUACCAAGUAAUGUACUUAGUAUCUUGAAUGCAAAUAAUAGGAAAAAAAAACUUAUGUGAAAGUGGCUUGUAAACAUUUUUGUUUAGUUUCCUAUUUGAGUUUGUGUACCAGUAAUCCAUAAAAUAAAUUAGGGGCCAGUGUGGAGUAGACAACCAAUAAAAGUAAAAGAUUUCAUUUUAAAUUGUUUAAAUUGCUACAAAAUAUUUAAAAACUUCUCAUGAAACUACCGGGUACUGUUGCUGAUGAACAUGAUAAUAAAAAUAUAAUAUAAAAUAUUUUCAAUAUAUAAGAAAAAAAAACAAUCCUUUCCCGGGAAUUGAUCCUCAAAUCAUAAUAACAUUAAGCAAAAACUCUACCACUAGACCACACAAGAUCUGCCAAACUGCACUUCGUUCGGAAUAAUAAAAACUACUAGCGUGACAUGGCGCCGGUCGUAUAUCUUGCGCACUAUUUGUCCGGAGUGCCGGACGUGUAGACACUUCGUUUUCCAAACACUGAUAUCACUUAAUAGCAUGGGCGUGGUUUUUUUUUUGUUACUAGCAACGAAUUUACUCUUAUGUAUCAGUAAAAGUAUAAUGAUACAUAUUAGCUUAUUAUGUUUGAAGUAAAAUAAUACAUAAAACCUAAGUCUAAGCCUAAAAGAAAUAUUAAUAAAAUAAUAGAAAUACUAUUUUAUUGCUGCUACUGCAUUUACACUUAUAGUUAUAGGCCUUCUUUAAGUUAUUAUUUUUAAAAUUUAAGUCAUUUAAUUAUAAAUUAUCAAAAUUUUGCGUAAAAUUUAUUUUUUAAUGCAUUUUUUUUUCUUACUAUAUAGUAUAGUUUGUUCAAAAAGAGAUUUGAUCAAAAUUUGAACGAGUGAACUAAAAAAAAAAUUUGAUUAAAUUUCCACUCUAUCAACCUUUCGUUGAUCAAUGUUCCGUCAACUAAAUUUCUUUCAAACAAAUUUCUGGAUAUGUUGAAAACUUGUAUUCGACUUUCCAAAUAUAUGCCUUAAUUUGCCCACAAAUUUUUUAUUUUAAAAGAUAAUGUGACCAAAUUUUCCUGCAACCAGUUUUCAAUAAGUUUUUUUUUUUAUAAACAUAACUUCACUUCUAAUCUAUAAAAGAUAGAAGAUGAAAUUUAUAUUUUUAUAAAGCUUAUGGUUAGCCCUUUAAAAUGAUGUAUCUUUUAUGGCAAUAGAACAAUAUUUAAUAUUUCUGUCCGAGUGAUUAUUAGAAUGAGUUAUUCCUCUUAAUAUCAUCAACAACUCACUGAGAGCAUUGAAACCUUUCAUGAACUGUGCAGUAAAAACCCACCACCCCUAUGCCAUGAGUGAGUUAGCUCAUGGAAUGUUGAUCAUGCUUCUAAAGAUUUCCUUCAUCAUCUUGAUCAGCACAUGAAUGAAAUCAGCAUAUGACUAAUUAUAUUACCUUAACUAUAUAUACUAUAAUAUACCAUUGUAGAAUUAACAAAUGUUCUUUUUAGACCUUCACAUAUCACAACCUGCAAAGGAAAGACUUUUCCACAACAUACUGCUGUGACAUGAAAAAAUAUAUUUUGCCUGUUCAAGCAUUAAGCAACAAGCAUCGGGACAUACAUAAAAGUACUUAUCAUUUAGCAAGCAAAAUAAAAAUAUUAUGAGCCCUGCAAUUAAAAUUAAAAACAGACUUGUGCUGAUUCAACAACUAUUAUAGCCAAAUUACAAGUAUGAUUAAAAUAAUAUUAAGAAGUCUUUUGAUAGGCCAUUAAAUAUAAUAAAAUAAAGUAUUAGUUUUUCAGUCAAUUAUUUUUUUCAAAAUUAUUCAUCUAAGGACUAAACAUACCUUAAUUUUGAAUCUAUUAUAAAGAUGAAAAACAUCUUUCUUCAUAUUUCCUUACUACACAUGUGUCAUGUAGCUGAGACCAAAUUCUUAAAUUAGUCUAUUACUAUUAUAUAGACGUGGAAUUUCCACUAUAUAAAUAAAGAAAUACAAUGGAAUACAUAUUUAUAUGACAUCUUAGUUAGUAAUAAACAUUUCUGCUAUCUUGAAAAAAUGUAUCAAGGGAGAAAACACCCAUGUGGUGAAAAUUUAAUAAAUUGGUUGAGUAGUUUUGCGGAAAUUUUUAUUUGCUCAUUCUUGUAGGCAAUUGAAUGCUUUAAACAGGGAUUAUCAUAUCAAUUACAAUUCGUGGAUAAUGUAUUAGAAAUUAAAUAGUAGACUUACCUUAAUUGAAGUUGAUAUAUUUUUCAGAAAAAAUUUUUGAUUCAAAAAUAGCGAAACACAGUACUGUUCAGCACCCAGUUCUAUUUAAAAUGAUCUAUCAAACAAUGCCUUUAGCAAAGAAAUGACCGCUAAUCGCUUUUUUUUCCCCCACAUCACAUACGCAAUAUGUACAUUUUAAAGUGAACAAAAGGUUUUAAAAAAGGGACAUAAUUCUUCCAUGAUUUGUCACUAGCAAUAGCAGUAAAAUGAUUUAACCAAGUACCUAAAUUUAGCAUAUUUCAAAGUCACAUAUUUUUAAAGCAUUUCUAAGGGUUACAUGGUAAAAAAUAAAUUGCUAUAAAAUGACUUGAGUGUUGGACUGUGAUAAAAAUUUCAAGACGAUAAAUGAGACACAAACAAUUUGUGUCGAUAAAACAAUACAAUUUCAGCUUUAAUAGAACAUUCUGUGAUCAUUAUUAAGCUGAGCCUUUAUUUUUUUAUUGACACAAAUUAUUUGUGUAUCAUUAAUCUAUAAAAUGACAGAACACCUUAAACUUCCAAUGAUAUGGAAGCUGCCAUUAAAAUAGCGAGUUGAGCAAGAAGUAAUUUGAUUAGCUGGUACAAAGACCAGCCAGCCGAUCGCAUGGCUUUUAUUUUUGGGUAGAUGGAUCAGCCUUUUGUCUUUUUUGCAACUACAUUCAGCCUUCUCGAGCAUUAAAACAUUCUACAUAUCCGCCCAACUGUUACUGUUUCUCAUUUUGAUUCAUUUAUUGAAUUAUUGCCUGAAAACAUUCUUGAUCAAAUUGAGACAUUAUUAAAAAGAAAAAUUGGUCUGAAUUAGCCAGCAUUAUUAUUAAAGUUUAAGACUUGGACAUUUAAUGUCUUAAUAUUUUGUAUUGAAUUAACUCAUAAUUUAUGUUAUUUCACAUAUAGGUUAAGUCCAUUAUGACAGCAACAAUAGAAGAAGAAACAAGUCCCAUAAUUGGUAUGUUUUACAGUCUUUGAGCUAAAAUACAUCAAUAUACCAGUUUUUAAAAAGUUUUAUCCUGAACUUAAUAUUUUAUUAAAAUGUGGUUCAAAUUAUUAUUAUUUUCUUUUUAAAUUAAAAAAUUACCCACAAUUUAAUACUGUUAUUGAUGGAAAAAUUUAGUUAUAAGUAAUAUUUUAAACUGACAUUAUACAAAAAUUACUAUUUUUUUGUUGAUUUAAAAAUAUUUAUUAGCAAUAAUUUCAGUUGACAACCUAACAAUUACAAUUCUUUAUAAAUUGGGCAUAUGAAGUAAGAGAAAUUUUUAGAAAUUUAAGCCUUUUAUUCUUUAAGGACCAGUUCAAUAGUUCUUUCAAUUUUAUAUGCCUUAUUUCAAAUGUCUUGUUAAUUAUCCAUUCAUAUUGUAAUUGUUUUUUUUUUGUUUUUUCAUUGUCAGCUGUUAAAGAGCUGUUAACCACAAAAAAUGAUGGAAGCAUAGGUGCCCAAUGGGAAGGAUGUCAGAAAAAUCCAGGGCAUCGUAAUCUUGUUUCUUGGUUAAUGUUCCAAUCAGAUCCUAGAAAGUAUCUACUGGAUGCCCACCUAUCAGAUGAUGAGGUUACCACAGGCUACAUAAAAGCCGCCGGUGAACUAACUGUCAUGCUCAGGAUGAGUUACGCAAGCCCGGACAGGACUAAGAUCUACUCAUCCUUGUAUGAAUUCAGGGGACAUGCUCACAAUUUCUUUGGAAGUGGUUUGGUGGUUUAUGAUGUAGAGGAAACUGAAAAUAAAUGCCGGUGCUCAAAAUGCUAUACAUCCAUAGUGAAACCCUCGGCAUGGAAGGUUUUUGUAGCCACCGCAACCCAUGUGGUGCUUGAUGGCCGAGAAGCUGAGAAGUUAAUUGCUGAGUUAUAUUAUCAUGAUUUCAAUGACAGGAGAUCCGUAAAGAAACUAUAUGGCAUUGGCAUUAGUGAGCGUAGCAUUCUUGGAGACUGCUGCGUGGUCGAAUGCUGCACAUGUGACAGAUUGAUUGCUGAGGAGAUUAGGAAAUUUCUGAAGAUUCAAAAUGAACUAUUCCCCAAAUUACCCAAAAUCAGUAAAUCAUCUACUGUUAUAAUAUCUCACCCACAUGGGAUGCCCAAGUACAUAAGCUUCGGGGAAUGUGUUGGCAAGGAUUUUAAAAAUAGUCAACUUUUCCAUUUAAGUGCUUGGAAAUACAAAACAGCUACUUGUCCAGGGAGCAGCGGCGCACCGGCUUUGUGCAUGAGUGACCAGUUUAUGGCUAGGGGGUUAAGGUUCCUGGUGACGAACUUACAUUUACAUAGCGGAGCAGGUCACUCUGGAAACUUUAGUAGUAUUUCCUGUCAGCCUUCAUUGCAUAGGAAAUCUAGUUCUGGCUCAAUAAAGGUCUGUUAUUUCAUUAAUUUUUACAACAUGGUUAAGACUUGCCUUAAAAUCUUAGCUGCAUGCAAUGAGUUUUUUUUUUUCUAUCUUUACAAAGUUUUUUUUUUUUUAAAUCACCAAUUGAAAAAUUAACUCGGUACCUUAAACAAAAGUACUGGAUCCAUUCUGACAAAAAAUAAAUUGGAGACUUAUUACUUUAAGAUAUUAAGCGUUUUCACUUCUGCAUCUGUACCGGUAAUUAAAUUGAAAAUAGGGUUGCUCUAAGUAAAUAGCAGGUAAUCAUUAAUUUUAAAAAAAAUACAUGAACUUUAACAUGUGCUAGAUGCUUCUCCUCCUCCUAUAAACUAAGAUGAAGCCUUUGUUGUUAGUGAUUAGCUGGUCAAUCGCUAUAAUUGCAUGUGUCAACAUGUCUAUUCAGAAAUUUUUUGUUUACUGUUCAGGUUAAGCUUUUCAUGGUUAAGCUUUUGGAGCAAUUGUCCCAUUUGAGAUGCAAUGUUUAAAUGCUUAUGAUUGUAAUGUUAAUUGCCAGUACUUAUUCUUAAACCUCUUAUAAGUUUUAAUACUUAUUCCUACUCCUUUUAGCCCAAUUUAUUAGAGUUCUUUAUUGUGAUUUCAAUGAUUAAAUUCACCCAGUUAUCCAAAAUAAAUUACAAUACAUAUUUUUUAAGCACAAUACAUAAAACUUUUAGAAUCAAUGAGAUUAUGCUAAUCACAGAUUUUUCUUCUUUCACCAUAAUUUUCAAGCAUACUUUUUCACCUUCUUUAUAAAGAACUAAAUUUGUGUUUGAAUUUUUACAUUCCUGUAGGAAACUCAAGCAUCUCUACCUUCCACAGAUUUAAAGACAAAGAAGAACCUUUUUCCUCAAUCAGGUGAAUAUUUUUUUUUUCGAAUAUUUAACUUAGUUUUCAAACAUGUGUACUGACAACUUGAGUGAACUUCGAAUGACACCGACAAUGCCCCUAAUGGACAGUACCAAAGUAACAGGUAAAUAACAUGCUAGAUCAGAUCAGUUGUACAGCAGUGAACAUAACAGAGGCUGAAGUAAAAAGCUGCAGGAAUUCCAAUAGGAAAUUAAGAGCAGAACAGACAAAAUGGCAGUGGACUAUAGUGUUAAGCAAAAAAGGUGUCUUGUGUCAACUGUGUGGUAAGAUGUGUCACUUCACCAUAUGUCAAAUAAAAUAACACAAAUCAAUGCAAUUUAGCAAACUACAAGCUCUAUCUAAGCAAUUUGGCUAGUUAAAUCAUCUAUCUAAGCAAUUUGGCUAGCUACAUUCUCUGUCCAGGCAUUUUGGCUAACUACAUCCUUAUCAAUUAAUCUUAGAGAAGUAAAACAAUGAAACUUUUCACUGUUGAUUUCUGAAUAAUGUAUCAGUAGGAUCAAGUCACAAAUUAGUUUUAGUUUUAUCAUUUGGCAGUGAUUAUUUGUUUAAUCCUUUUUUAAAAUAAAAAAUAUGAAUACAUAUUUUUUUAUUGUGUGUCACAGCACUUGCUGGAAGAAGAAUUCACCCCAAAGGAUAUUUCCCCAAAUGUGAAAAGCAUCCCAGGCAUGAAAAGUUUAUUCCUGUCCGCACUCUUGUGGUAGGUGAUCUGCCAGAGAAGUACAGAAAUGAUGAUGUGCUCAAUUUCAUCAAAACCGUGUCUGACCUUACAUGUUUGAUACGUGUCAAGUGCCGUAGCGUAAACCGACCUGCGGUUUAUCCUGGUUCAAACAAACCUUACCCAUUGUCUGGAGACAAUACUGCCGGGCACCACUUUGGCACUGGGUAUCUUCUAUUUAAUUGUGGACAGAACAUAAGUGACAUGAAAUACUGUCCUUGUCACUUGUGUGAGCAGUUGAAAACCCCAAACAAAGAAUUUUGUAUUGUUUACAUACGUACGGCUAACACAGUUGUAUUUGAUAAUGUUGAGGCCCAGCGGUCGGUGAUGACCUUCGAAACUGGGAGCUUCGGUGGGCACAAUAUGAACGGCGUUCGAGUCAUCUCAAACAACAUUGAUCAGGACUGGAGCAUAAUUCAGUGCGUGACUCACAAAGUGGAACUUUGCCAGAAGUUUAAUUCCUUACGCGAAAGCCUGCAUAAACUUGAUAAAAUCAUCCGCUUGAAAUACAACAACGAAGAGCAUAAACUCAGCAUCGUCGUCUCCCAUCCCCACGGGUGUAAAGACAAACAAGUGACUUUUGGUGAGUUUACUGGUAAGCAAUGGGGUGAAUGCAAUGAAGACAUCUAUUUGGAGAACUAUACCUACAGCACCCCCACCUGUUCAGGGUCCAGCGGAGCACCUGUGGUCAUGUUAGGUGAGGGCGUUCCUCGGAUAAAUGAGCAUUACAUCACCUGUCAUAUUCACAGUGAUGCGUUGGAAGACUAUAACAAGAGUGGUUAUGUUAUAGACUCGUUGCUCUGAUGUAUUUUUUUUUUUACACACUUAUAAACAGUAUAGAUGGGCAGCAUUGUUUUUUGAAAAUGUACUUUUAACUACACAUUGAAGGUAUUCAGCAUGGUAAUCAAAGUUUAAUGUGUUUUGCUACAAGACAUUCCUCUGAAUCUUUCAUAACUACCUUACGCAUAUCAAACUAACUUGAGUCGACCGAUAUUCUAAGUUCUAACUAAUUUGAGCUUUCAACUGCCAGGGAUCAGAUUUCAGACAAAAUGCAACCAGUAAUGUGAAUGCAUUCAUUUGAUUAUCAGAUAAAUUUUCUGAAUUGUAUUCAAUGGAUUGAUUUGCUCUGAGAUAUACUUUCUUAGAUGUCCCUGCAAGAGAUCAAAUUAAAUAACUUCUUUUUGUGAUAUUUAUUCCUACAGAACGGUGUAACUUUAAUUUUGAAAUACCAAAUUUUUUCCAUUUUGGUUAGGGCCUGCAUAUGAUUCCUUUACUCUUUGGGCCUCCAUAUAAUAAUGUUGAUAUUGAUAUGCUUCUUGAGCUUGAGGCUUAUCAACUAUAUUCAUUGUGGAUAAUGGAGGAAGUAAAUAUUGCAAUUGCAG